UAGUUUCCUGUCUUCACCCUCUGCUCUUUUUUUGCUAGUGGGGAGAGCGGUGCAGGGAAAACAGAGAGUACAAAGCUGCUGCUGCAACACAUCAUGCAUCUGUGCAAGGGCAACUCUCAACUGGAACAGCAGAUCCUGCAGGUGAACCCAUUGCUCGAAGCUUUUGGCAACGCACAAACAGUGAUGAAUGACAACAGCAGUCGCUUUGGAAAAUACAUACAGCUGAGGUUUCAAAGGAAUACAGUGAGGGGUGCCAAGCUGAGUGAGUAUCUGUUGGAGAAGUCACGUGUGGUGCAACAAGAUGCUGGAGAGAGGAAUUUUCAUGUUUUCUACUAUAUGUUUGCUGGCCUUACUGCAGAGGAAAGGGAGAUGUAUGGGCUGCUAGAUCCCUCAUUGUACAGGUACAUAAGUGGCUGGUUCAGAGCAGAGGUUGUGGCUGAUUGUUGGAAGCACAAGUACUGGGAGAUGCGUAAUGCUCUAGACAUGGUCGGCUUCCAGGAGCAGGAGCAGGUGGAUAUGCAGGCAAUCCUGGCUGGAGUCCUGUCUCUGGGCAAUGUGACCUUCCAGGCCCAGGAGCACAAUGGGGCCGUAAAAGUGAGUGAAGCCUCCACAGGAUGGCUAAAGGCUGCAGCGGGUCAAUUUGGAGUUCAGGAAGAGGAGCUAUUGAAAUGCCUCAUUUGUAAAGUGUCCGUAACCCGGGGAGAGCAGAUUCAACGUUUCCACACACAGCAGCAGGCAGAGGAUGCCCGGGACUCCAUUGCUAAAAAGGCAUAUGGCCGGGUGUUUGGUUGGAUUGUCCACAAAAUCAAUGAACUGCUGGCUGAGAGUGUGGAUCCUGAGGUGGAGCUGAAGGAGAUUGGGAUCCUGGAUAUCUUUGGGUUUGAGAACUUUGUGGUGAAUCGUUUUGAGCAGCUCUGCAUCAACUUGGCCAACGAACAGCUGCAGCAGUUUUUCAAUUAUCACAUUUUCCAACUGGAGCAGGCUGUUUACCAGGAGGAAGGACUACCCUGGGAGACAAUUACAUUCAACAAUAAUAAACCCAUUCUGGACCUGUUCCUGGCUAAGCCACUGGGGCUGCUGUCUCUCCUUGAUGAGCAGAGUGCUUUCCCUCAGGCAACUGAUAAAACCUUUGUGGAUAAAUUGAACAGCACCUUCAAGGGGAAUUCACACUUCCAGCCAUGUAGAGGCCCUGUGCUAGGGUUCAGCAUCAUUCACUAUGCAGGGAAGGUUCAGUACACUUCAAGUGGCUUCCUAGAGAAGAAUAGAGACACCUUGCCAGCAAAUAUCCGGGGUCUUUUCAUCAACAGUGUCACCCCGCUACUUAGCGUGCUGUUCACAGCCACAGUCUCCAGAACAGGGACUCUGAUGCCUCACCUUAAAGCCAAGGUUUUGCCAGGAGCAGCAGAUAACUUCAACAGCACACGGAAACAGUCAGUGGGUGCUCAAUUCCGGCAUUCCCUAUCAGUACUGAUGGAACGAAUGUACUCUGCUAACCCACACUUUGUGCGCUGCAUCAAGCCAAACAGCCGGAAGGAGCCAGGUGUGAUUGACAGCCAAGUGGUGCUGGAGCAGCUCAGAUACAAUGGAUUACUGGAGACCAUACGUAUUCGGCGAAACGGCUUUGCAUGGAGACCCUCUUUUGAGGAAUUUGCAGAAAGAUAUCGAAUUCUCUUAAUUAAACCAGAUGUCCCCCUCACACGGGAGAGUUGUUUGGAGAUUUUGCAGAGUACAGAACUGAAAGACUGGAGAUGCGGGAAGUCCCGCCUCUUUUUUAAGUAUUGGCACCAGGAGCUGCUGGCAAAGAGCAUGGAGCACUUGGAAAAAGCAGCAAUAAUCAUCCAGAAGACUUACAAGGCAUUCUGCUGCAGAAAGAGUUACCAGGAGCUGGUGGCUGAGCACAGGGCUCGGGAGAAGCAGCUGCAGGAGGAAGCAGAGAGAGAAAGGAACAGGCAACUGAAACUGGAGUCCCAGGCCCAGAGAACAGUCACUUCACCAGUCCCUGUGCCACGGAGGAAACGCCCUCAGCCCCUCCCCCGUUGUCAAGCUGGAGCUGAUUCUUUAUCACAGCCACCAGUACCACGCCCUCGCAGCAAACUCACAGAGUCAACUCCUUUUGAUAAUUUUCUGCGCUCCAGGCCCUGUCCUGUGUUAGGGACAGAGAGGCAGGCAGGAGAAGAAGAAGAAAUGAGACAAAUGAAGAGGGGAGCAACUCUUCGCUGGUUCAGAGACACACAGGCCCAGAAGGUUAUGCAGGACAAUGGAGCCUUUCCUGGCUGGCUGCAUGGGAUGAUCAGCAGGAGGGAAGCUGAGAAUUUGCUGAUGGAGAAACCUCUGGGCUGCUUCUUGGUUCGAAUCAGUCAAAGCAGACCUGGCUACACCCUCUCAUACAGGGCUAAGAGCCGCUGCAGACAUUACAUGAUUGAGAUGCAGCCCAAUGCACGCUACGUGAUCCUGGGGGAGGACCGAGCUCACACAUCUCUCACUGAUCUGGUACAAUACCAUCGAACCAUGGGAAUCCAGCCCUUCAUGGAGACGCUGACCAUGCCCUGUGAGCAGAAAGGUGAUGGGGACUCUGAUUAUGAGGAGCUGAAAUUCCACACCCUGGCCCUAUGCCCAGCAGAUGGAGAGAAACAGCCUCAAAAGGAACAGGCUGGUCUUAAUGGGUUGCCUGCCGUCAGGCACAUCCAGCACGUAGGAGCAGCCACUGUUCUCGAGCACAUGCAUUUCAAGAAAUCAAAGAAUUGCCAAGAGCAGCAGCCAAGCCCAGGCAAGGAGGGGGCGGAGCUGAGCCCACAUGAGGCUGGGGUGGCCAGACAUGUCUUUCCUCGUCUCUACCCCUCCAUACGAUUGGCAAUGUGGGAAAUCCAGCAGUUCUCUGCAGACCCCUUGAAUGGCUCCUCUGCCACACUGCCACUGAAGCCCCAGCACUGAAAGUAACAGGGCCCACAGUAAAAGUGACAUGUGGCCAAUGCCAGGUGCCCCAGAGGGAGUGAACAGAACACGGAAUCAUCAAGUAAUCCCUCCCCUGUUGCCCAUUUCCAGCAUCUGACAAACAGAAGCUAGGGACACCAGUCCUACCUCUUCUGGCUAAAAGCCAUUUGAUGGGCCUGUUCUCCAUGAAUUUAUCUAGCUCUCCUUUAGACCCUGUUGAAGUCUUGGCCUUCACAACAUCCUCUGGCAGGGAUGUUUGUGUAUUGUGUGUAGAAACACUUUGUUUUAAACCUGCUGUCUAUUAAUUUCAUUUGGGUGACCCCUAGUUCUUGUACUUCCUUAGGCAACUACAGCCCAUUGGUGAUCUUCCAGAAAACAUCAUCCUAGCCACUAUGGAUGUAGAAGCUCUCUGUGCCAACAUUCCGCACAAAGAUAGACUACAAGCUGUCAGAAACUGUAUCCACCAUGAUGUCACAGCACAGCCAAUUGUUGAGCUUUGUGACUUUGUUCUCAUACACAACAAUUUCAGAUUUGGGGAUGAUUUAUACCUUCUAGUCAGAGGCACAGCUAUGGGUACCUACAUUGCCCCACAGUACCGCCAGCAUUAUUAUGGCUGACUUAGCUUUCAUCUCCAAGUGCUCCUCCUCUACUUGCACUACAUUGAUGACAUCUUCAUCUGGACCCAUGGGAAAGAAGCCCUUGAAGAAUUCCACCAGGAUUUCAACAAUUUCCGCCCCACCAUCAACCUUAGGCUGGACCAAUCUACACGAGAUCCACUUCCUGGAUGCCAUAGUGCAAAUAAGUAAUGGUCAUAUAAACACCACCCCAUACCAGAAACCUACUGACCUCUAUAUUUACCUAAAUGCCUCAUCCAGAAUACGUCACACAAUCCACUGUCUACAGCCAAGCCAUAAGAUACAGCUGCACUUGCUCCAAUCCCUCAGACAGAGACAAACACCUACAGGAUCUCUAUCAAGCAUUCUUAAAACUACAACACCCACCUGAAGAAGUCAAGAAACAAAUUGACAGAGCCAGGCAGAAGAAGUCACCUACUACAGGACAGACCAAGAAAGAAAGCAACAGAAUGCCAUUGGCCCUCAGGUAAAACCUCUCCAACACAUCAUCACAGAUUCACACCAUAUCCUCGAUGACAAUCCCUCCCUCUCACAGACCUUGGGAGGCAGGCCAGUCCCACCUUGCCACUGAGUGCAUCAAUAGGAAGGGAUACUUCUUGAUGGUGCUAUAGACCCUUGUGGUUCACUGUGGGCAUUUCACAGACAUUAAUGCAGGAUGGUCUGGAAAGGUCACAAUGCACACAUCUUCAGAAAUACUGGCCUGUACAGAAACCUGCAAGCUAGGACUUUCUUUUCAGACCACAAGAUUCCAGUGGGGGAUUUGGAAAUCCUCAUUGUUAUCCUGGGAGACCUAGUUUAACUCUUAUAGUCCUCACUCAUGAAACCAUGCAUGGAGCACCUGGACAGCAGUAAGGAACAUUUUAACAACAGGCUGAGUAGGUGCUACAUAGUGGUCGAAUGCACCUUUGGGGGAUUGAAGGUGAGAUGAAGGUAUCUCUACGGCAGGCUAGCCUCACUGAAGACAAUAUUCCCCUGGCUAUUGCAGCUUGUUGCACUGUGCAUAAUCUGGGAGAAAUGUGGGGGGAAUUGUUUAUUCGGGGUGGAGUACUGAGGCACAGUACUUAGCUGCAGAGUUUGAGCAGACCGACACUAGAGCUGUUAGAGAAGCUCAAAGACCUGCUGUUAACAUCAAGGUGGCGUUGAGGAUGCACUUUGAAAAUGAGGGACACUGAAAUCUCUCAUAGAGUUUCUUCCAGGUCUCACCCCUCUUCCAAAGCAAUACUUGGCCAGGAAUUUGCCUUUAAAACCUGCACCUGGGAUCGCAGUGAUUGAUUUGUGAGAUUGUUGUAUAGUAAAUAAAAAUGUUGAACUGUUAAAA